AUGUUGCACACCACUCCGAUCUUGACGGAGGCCAAGCGGCACGACGCCGCCGGCAAGAAGGCGGUCGCCCUCACGGCCGCGAUGAGGCGCUCGGGGCCCAAGGGUCGCGGCAGCGGAGGGGGCGAGGCGGAGGGGAAGGCGGCCGUCGCCGUCGACGGCGACAAGAGCAGCCAGCACGCGCUCAAGUGGGCCGCCGACCACGUCCUCUCCCGCUACCAGCCCUUCUUCCUGGUCCACGUCCGCCGCAAGAACGCCGCGCUCAACCCCGCCGGCGGGAAGCAGUUCUCCACGUCGCACGUGCAGGAGGAUGUCGCGGCUUGUUUUCUGGCCCAGCUGGACCUUCAGACCAAAGAGCUGAUGCUGCCUUUCCAAUGCUUCUGCAGCAGAAGAGGGUUGCAAUGCAGGGAUGUCAUUCUUGAUGGAACAGAUGUGUCGAAAGCUAUCGUGGACUUUGUUGUAAAAUAUAAUGUUGACAAGAUUGUGCUGGGAGCAUCAUCUAAGAGUGCAUUUACAAGAACAAUUUGGAAAAUGGAUGUCGCUACAUCUGUUACAAAAAAUGCACCAAACUUCUGUUCAGUGUAUGUGAUUGCAAAAGGAAAGUUAUCUACUUUUAGGCCAGCCACUCAUGCAAUCGACAAUGAUACAAGCAAAGAGGAUAUGAAAUCUGAUGCACCUGGCAAUGGGCCUUUAGCUGUACAAAGUGAACCAACACCCAAGUUCCCUGGCGAAGAACCUUCUUACAGGCUGAUGUCGACACACGCUGCUGCGCACAUCGGUACCAAUUUUGAUGAAGCAGCACAACAUGGCAACCUCAAGGCACUAGUUCAACAGAGAAGUGCUGAUUCACAUCUUUCAAAAACAUCUUCAUGUCCAAGUGAAUUCAUAAGAGUUGUGAAUAAACAAGGCAAUCAUUUGUCUCCAGAAUAUCCCGAGAAUCGUAGAGAAACCUUGUUUUUGCUAAAUAAGGACAAUGAGCAUCCAUUCCAGGCUCCACAUGAAGAAUACUUGGGCAUUGAUGAUAAUGCACUUAGUCUUGAAUAUAAUGCCUAUGGCUCUUUAACCCCAACUGGAGAAUGUGCUUCAGCAGCUUCGAACUAUCAAGCAGAUGAUGUGAAAGCUGAUCUGAGGCAAUUUCAGAAAAGGAAUGGCAAUAUGCUUCGGAACUACAAAGAGUUACCUCUUGGGGACGAAGAUGGGACAGAAAACUUGCAUGCCGUUGAUGAACGAAAAGAUGGUCCUUUACUUGGUAGACAAGGUGCCAAACCGAAUUCAGCGGUUCGUGGCCCAAAGCAAAACCUCUUGACACUUGAAACUUUAUCUUCCGACCCUCAGCAUAGAGAAAGAAUCACAGAGGAAUUUAUGGAUCACAGUGCCCAGAAACAAGUUAACCCAAUGUUGCGACGCUUGCCUCCAAAAUUUUUCUCACCUCGAAAUGAUAUAUAUGGAUCCACUCCUGAGGAGAAACAUAAACUUGAAUUGAACAGCAAACCCUUUCCAAGGCCAAUUGAGACUAAAAGAAUACUAGAGUGUCUCCCUACUAGAUUAGAGUGCAGAUUGUAUAAUCCAAAUGAAAUCGCGAAGGCGACCAAUAAUUUCUCAGAAGACCUGAAGGUUGGGGAAGGAGGUUAUGGACCAGUCUAUAAAGCUACACUUAGUAAUACCCCUGUUGCAGUCAAGAUUCUUCACUCCAAUGUAACUCAAGGCCUGAAACAGUUUCAACAGGAGAUUGAUCUGCUGAACAACCUUCGGCAUCCCAACAUGGUACAACUAGUGGGUGCUUGUCCCGAGUAUGGUUGCCUAAUAUACGAGUACAUGCCGAAUGGUAGCCUCGAGGACCGGCUCUAUUGUCGUUCAAACACUCCGCCACUGCCAUGGCAGCUCCGUUUCAAGAUUUCAGUGGAGUUAGCCACUGGCCUGCUCUACCUACACAAAAUGAAGCCUGAAGCCUUUGUUCACCGAGACCUCAAGCCUGGGAACAUCCUCCUUGGCGAAGAUUUCGUCUGCAAGAUCGCCGAUGUUGGUCUCGCCCGCAUCAUCCCCCGAUCGAUGGAUGACACAAAGACGCAGUACCGGAUGACCGACGCAGCGGGGACCUUUUGCUACAUUGAUCCUGAGUACCAGAAGACAGGACUGGUCAGCACAAAAUCUGAUGUGUAUGCCCUCGGCAUUAUCUAUCUUCAGAUGAUCACCGCAAAGGACGCCAUGGGGCUCGCCUACGCUGUAUCUGAUGCACUGGAAGAAGGGACCUUUGAGGAUCUCUUGGAUAGCAGAGUGACUGGCUGGCCGGUGGAGGAGGCGAAGAGGUUUGCCGAGCUUGCACUGAAAUGCUGCGAGCUGCGGCAUAGAGACCGCCCCGAUCUGGAAUCUGUUGUGCUACCUGAGCUAGUCCGUCUGCAUGCACUAAGUGUGCCAUCUGAACAUCCUUCCAUGGACCAAUCCCAUCAGCGUUCAGCCAGUGACAAGGAUUUAAUUUUGGUUGAUGGCUUGUCUGAGAUUCUUACCGAAGGGAGUGCGAAGGCAGGAUCAUUUUCAGCAUAG